AGAGAGAGAGAGAUUUUUAAUUGGUUUGCUAAUUUAGGUUUAUGCAUAUCGCAUGUUAAAGGGAGUGUCUUAUAAUUAUCUAGAGAAACAACAGCUGAGUAUCUCAUUUAAAUUUGUUAAAUAAUCUGAAGGAAAAUGUGAUUUUAUACACAUAAUAAAAAUUGUACGAAACCUUACUGCAGAUUAUUUUCUAAAAAUUAUAUAGAACGUUUAUAAAAGACAUUACCAAGUUUUGUAUAGUAUAAUAAUCAAUAAUUUUCUUUAUAUAUAACAAGAUUUUUUAACGGCGAAGUUGUUCGUGAGACCAAUGAUACUCGCGAAGUAUAUCUUGGCGAUAAAAUGAUGAAGAACAGCCAGACUUAAUGACCCGUGACGCUAUAUCGAAUUAAAGCGGAAGUUCCUUUUAUUGCCGGCUAUUUAAAGCGCACGUAAUCACCCUCGCGAUGUACUAAUGAUAUACCUACUUGCCGGCAUAAACUGUCCCAACCGUCUACGAGAUAGAUAUUUAGAGAUUGCAAAUAGUUAUUGCGUUGACUAUAGCUCAAUUGACUAUAUAGUCGUGAUAACUUGCUGAAUGCGGAUUAAACUUGGAUCUAUCUCGUUGAUUUUCACUCGACGGCCCACGAAGCCGCCGUCUAUCUAGAAUAGUGUUAUGAUUUCAUUAUACGUAGCAAUGUGCAUCUCUCUUUAACGUUGUGAUAUAAAGAACUCGAUAAUCUUUUAUAGUAGAAAUAAUCGCGGGAAUGUGUUAACUACCGCAUCCGUUAUGUGAAUUUUGCUGUGAAUCAAUCUUUUGUAAUGUCCAUCUAAAUUGGUAAUUUCUUUCGCAAUACUUUUAUUGAUCUAAACAUUCUAAACGGAUGACUCUCUGGUUGCAAAAAUAUAUAAGUAAAACUUGUCCAGCAACCGCCGAAUGUUUGUUAGAUCUAUUCAAACAACUGCUUGAAAGAGAAACCGAGUAAACACUUUCAAUCGACAAUCAAAUAAUUCGUCCUGACCGUUGAAAUAAACGAUGGUGCGAAUCGUGUGUAAGGAACUUUCGAUUCGACCGUCCAUGAUAUAUACAUAUACUCAUCUCUUGGAAUACCAGAGUCGCGAACGCGCUGUUUAUGCGAAAUCCUGUGGCUCGUGGUGGCGAGAACGGAGAGCGCAGGCGUCCGGAGUCCUGUGGCGGCAAGCGAAGUCCGAUUUUCUCUAGUGUCGCGUCAACUGCCGCUGGAGAGUCGUGUGCAUCGCACCCUGCCAGCUGUGCUUAACAACCCCUUCUUUGCGUGGCUUUACCACGUUCACUAUUUUUCGUUAAAAGUUAAGUCCGGAAUUAAAAAGUACUUUCGAGGUGUGCCGAAUUUACAUUGCGCGGAAAAUCGCGCGUACACGUGAGCCUUAAAAUGCUUUCCUAACAUCGUGUUUACUUAAAAUUAGUAUAAUGAAUCUCUUCUCGCGCCUUUUUGCUUCUGUAUGCUAGAAUGAAUGUAUCAUUGUGAUACCUCGAGAUAAUUAAUUCGAGAUUGGAAAGGCUCAAUCUAACGAUGACAAUCUUCUCGUGAUCGUGAGAUCGGAGCAGAAUUUUCGAUUUACAUAUAAGGGGCCGUGAAUGAGAGUGCACGAUCGGAAAGGCGAGCAUUGUGCGUGCGUUUUGUAGGAACGCGAUCGUUCAAUGUGACUGGCGGGCUAGAUCUCGCGUGGUGGCGAUUUCGUUCGAAAAGCGUUCAUCCUGAGCGCGUCCCAUUUCCGGUCGUUUGCCGUUCGGAAACGUGACGUAUUUGCGAAGAAGUGCAUCGAUCAUGAAUUGGUGCGACGUGCAAGCUUACGCGGAUUCGGUCGACAAGUCGUCCGCACGUCGAGGAAUGUUCGCAUCGGACGCCAAAGCAUGAGGGACGACGCAUUGACGUAAUGAUGCAGAGAGCAGUGCUGCUACUCUGUUGGCUGCCGCUCCUCAACCACUGCCACGCCGUAAAUCCAGGUUGUUCAUGUGUUGUAUACAGCAGCUCGGACAGACCUCAAGGUGGCACUUUUACAUCUCCCGAUUAUCCGAAACGAUACCCACCGAAUAUCGAUUGUCUUCUGUACACAUUCAUUGGUCAUCCAGAUGAAAUUGUUUUUCUACAGUUUCAUCACUUCAACAUUCGUCGUAUCUGGUCUGACUGUACAAAAGGAGAUUUCUUGAAACUAUUUUUACAUCUGGAGAGUAAGGGCAUUUCUGAGUACACCCCUUGGUCCGGGGUGCUUUGCGGAGAACUGCGUGACAUCCCGCAAUUUCUUUACAGUUCGAGAUCGACACUCAUUCUGGAGUUUCACACUGAGGGUCCAUCGUCUAAUUCCACUGGCUUUUCCGGCACUUUUAGUUUCAUCGAUAGACGUUUAUUCGAGAUGGACGGUCUGCUGGUACCCGGCACGAUGUGUGACCACGAGUUUGUCAGUUCGCAAUCGACGCCUCAAUACGGACGAUUUUAUUCGCCGCGGUACCCGUCCUCCUAUCCGAAGAACAUCCGGUGCUCCUACCUCUUCCGGGCAAGGUUGAAGGAGAGAAUUCGCUUGGUCUUUGAGGAGAUUUCUCUGCAAGAAGGAGACCUGAGUUGCCUGAAUAGGGCGGAUUUAAUCAGGGUGCACGACGGAACGGAUUCAGGGGCGCCCACAAUAGCCGUACUCUGCAACCAGGGAGCGGAAGUGGAGGUACUCAGCACGGGACCAGGUCUCUACGUCGAGUUCGUCGCUAAUUCCGAGUGGCCGGGCCAGGGCUUCAAGGCGAUGUUCCAAUUCCAGCCAUUGGACGAUGCGCUACAUCCUGAGCCGGACAAGGUCCCAGGGGCUGCUACAGGGAACCCCAAGUACUCGGUCAUCGGACCAGCUGUCAGCGCUACUACGUCGCUCUGCGACGUGGUUUACAACAGCGAUUCAACAAAAACGGGCGUAGUUAUGUCACCUGGAUACCCGAACCCAUAUCCACCUAGGACACACUGUACAUACGACUUCCAAGGAAGAGGAAAGGAACGGGUGCAGGUGAUAUUCCAGGACUUGAAUCUGUUUAAUCCGCCAAAAAAUCCAAAUGACUGCGAGGGGGUCGAUUCAUUGGUGGCGUUCGUGCAUAUAGAUGGAAAGAAGGACAAAAUAGAUUCGUUCUGCGGAGAUGUACCGGCGCGGCCUAUCAUGAGCAACGGCCCGCGGCUUUCCUUGGAGUUUCAGGGAGUAACGUCGUCUCGCCAUUCGAGAGGAUUUAAAGCAACAUAUACUUUCAUGGAAAACUUCGGUAUAACGACAGGUCGGCAAGAGGGGCAGUAUCCGUGUGCCUUUGUUUUCAACAGCAACGAGACCCGGAACGGUACGUUCGCGUCGCCAAAUUACCCCGGCCUGUACCCUCGUAGCACGGAAUGCUACUACUUCUUCUAUGGUCAAUCUAACGAGAAGGUUCACCUUCAUUUCCACUUCUUCGACGUCGAGGGAGUGUUACCGUGCGAAGCUGUGUCAGCCAGCGAUUACGUUGAAUUCUCCAACUAUAUGAUCAGAGACCGAAAGUAUCCGAGGCACUGUGGUCAGCUGAAAGAAUUCGACGUUUACAGCGACAGAAAGUUUUUCCGUGUUACGUUCAAGAGUAACGAUCGUCUCGACGCCACGGGCUUUAAUGCCAGUUACGUGUUCGUGGACGAGGAAGAAAAUUACACGAUGAAGAUACCUGCGAGCAACGGAUCGGCACGGCAUGGUAUCGCGCCUUCACCUCUACCGUUGCUGCUGCUGUUCCUGCUCUUCACGAACUGUCUUUACAUUGGCAGCAGAGGUUCGCACUAAGAAAAGGCCAUCACUGCGGCCACGCGGACGAGUCCUGGCUCAAUUUACAACGAACCGCAACUUUAAGAUCGAGAGCCAUCCAGAAUCACCAAUAGCUCAGCUCACCGAAGAAAGUGACGACCUCGUUGACAAAUUCGUCGGGAGGGAGUGUGUUACUCAAGUCUAUUAUCCGACCGGGACACGAAGUUUUAAAUUUGUCCACGCACCCUUUCUCAUUCUAUCCCAUUCGUCCGCGUCACGUUGACUAUUUCGAGGAGAAAGCAUCGGCGGUAAAAUACUUUUACAUCUAAACAGCGUGCAAGAGAAACGACCGUGCGGACGAUGUCAUUGGUCGAGAACUCGUCGCAACCUCGUUACCGUAAACAGGAGAAGUGGGAUUAAUUGGCUGCGUGACUAAAUUGCCGAUAGUAGCCUACGUGAAUAAGUUACCGUCGACAAUUAACUUUUUCGAGAAGAAUCCUUACUUUCGAAGAAGUACAAGUAAAUUUUGUUUCGCGGUGAUUGCGCAAAAAACAUUACGACUCGUUGCCGCUGUUUCGAUUUAAGCAAAUGCAUUUUCUCUGUUUAUCGUUACAAUUUAACUUUAAUUACGAGUUAAAAGUUGAAUGGAAGUCCGCAGCUGCGAAGCACUUUAAUUCUCAAUCUUUCUUUCGAUACUGGGAAAAUAGUUAAGUUAAGCGCGUGCUCUCUUAAGCCCUAGGUCCUGACCGAACAUGCGAAAACAAACAGGAAUGAACAACUCGCGACGCCGUUUGUACUUAUCGAAACAAAUUGUUCGUUCGUGUUUGUUGGCGCUCGUUCACCUUGUUUAGAUCCGACUUUAAAGAAAAUCAUACGAUCAUUUAUCAUACGAUUAUUUAAACCUGAUUUUACUCGUUCAAUGGAUAAUGUUUUUCUCCUCUCGCGGGGAACGAAUCUCUUAAGUCAUCGUAACUGUCUGUCCGUAUAUUGCUCGAAAGUCAUACAUACCGUAGAAAAAAUUCGCCUUCACAAAUACGGACGGACUUUUACUAUACAUCCUCUAUACGACUGUGAUGUUCCCGUUCUUUCUUAGUUUAUUAGAGACGAAAAUAAGUCUGAUCAUUCGCGAUAGCGAACAUUCGUAAUCGAUAAUUAGGUCCUGGAUAUACUAUUGAUCGCCGAUCGCAUCAUGGAAACUUAGAAAGCGUAGAGUUAAAUAUUUAUUGUGAAAAAGCCUAUUUCAAUGAGCAAGCGUAACUAACAGGAAAAUUGCAAAUAAUAAUCCGAAAUUUCGGAUUUCAAAUCUAGUGAGAAUACGUAAUUGACACGUUUAAUGGAAUAUAUGAGAGCGAUUACCGAUUGUUUAAAAAUGCGCGUUCGAUUGAGCGAUUUCGGCGAUGAAUGUUUCAAUAAUGAGCAAUACGUGAUCGACCGAAUUUACGGGCUAGUGAUGAUUAAAGAGGGAUAUUUUGGAAACAUUUUUUGAGCUUGUGGACUGCAUCAAUAUUACACAAUUUGAUCUCACGGGUAACUACCAAUUCUUUCCAAUUUGUAUUUUAUCCGUAUGAUGCAAAGAAUCGAUCGCAUUCAAACUAAUCGCCUUAGUGAAACUAAUUUUCUCAUUAAAUCGGUAUAAUUACAUGAGCAAGAGUUGACUAUGGUAAAAUAUGUAUAUAUUUUAGUCUAAUUUUCUGUCGGAAUCGUUAUUAAUAUUUAACAUUAAUUAAAUUGUUAUCACUUUAAAGUUGAAUAGUUUACGAUAUUAAUACGAUGUAUAUACGCUGUUAUUAUUACUGAGUUUUUCGUUAAAGCAGAGCCUUUACUAAGAACUAGAGUCCCUCUAAUAAGAGUCGCGACAUCUUGAGUUUCGGCAAAAUAAGAGAGAAAAAGAAAGCGAUAUACAAGUGAUAUACAUUCAUAACGCUUUCUCUUUCUUUCUUACAUCUCUUUCUCUCUGUUUCUCGUGCUUUUGCCGAAAAUGCGAACCAAUUAAAAGUUGCUGCUACGUGUCGCGACUCUUAUUAGAGGGACUCUACUAAGAACUAAUACUUUGACAAAUUAAGAAACAAUUUUUUAUCGAGAAAAAUUAAUAAGCAUUCUUUAUCUGUACAAUUUGUCUAUUUCUUUAAUAUUAUUUUAGAUUAGCAAUUAAAUCAUGAAUUAAAUCUGUAUUAAAGACAUUUAAAGUAACUACAAAAUAAAAUUGUUAACUCUAUUAGAUUUUAAUGAUUAAAAGACGGAUUUAACUCUCAUACUUAUAACUUGAUAUAGCUCUUGUAGGACAAAUUCGUACGAGUAUACAACUGGAAUAUAUAUGCACCAUUAUGUUCUCAAAAAAUUAACGAAACAGAUAUCAGUUUGCUUUAAAAUUAAUUUCAUGCGUUUUAGCGUACAUACAUCGAAACGAAUAUAAUAUCCGUUUUGAAGAUUGUUGAUGUUGAUGCUGCUUCGUCAUAGAGAUACGAGUAAAUAUAGUGCCCGUCAGAGAGUGCAGUCUGUUAUAGAAUUAUUUAUGUGACGGCUAUACAAAACUUGAGGAAUAGGAAACGAGAGAACUCGGCUCAUUGUAGAUUCGGUUGAAUGCACUCGCGCUGCGUCAAUAUAUAUAACGUAAAGAUCCUCCACUUUCUCAAAAAAAUGAUUUCGAAAAGAACAAGUUAGUGAAAUUUAUAGGUCCGGUGUUUCGGCCCUCGAGCUUACUACAGCGAUUAUGACAACCAUAUAGUGUCGUGUUCUAACAAUUGUCCGCACGUCGAGCGUGGGUUUAGUAUACCUGAUUCGUAUUUGCACAAAAUCAUGUCGAAAAGCAUGAUUUCGAUCUCGACCGAGCAUGUCCUCGUACGUGUGGAAAAUCAGCAUGGAAGAUAAUACAAGUGUGAGGAAUCAGAAUGGACUUCUAUGAACUCGAUAUCAAAUUGUGUAUCUAUAGAUACAUAACUAGGUAGCAAUACUGUCAUUGUGUACGUUAGACUCUAUCGUACGUCGAGUACUUUUUAAAUAGAUUUAUAAUAUUUUUUAUAAUUUUAAAUAGGUUUAUAAUAUGUGUUGGUAAAAAUUUUUCCUAAAAGUUUCUGAUUGAUUUUUGCAAGAGAGUAUAUGCUCAUAUGAUGUGACUUAUUGUAUGUGCGUUUGCGUGUCGCGUGUGAGAAACAAGAGAGACUGCGUGUGUGUGAUGUAUAACUGGAGAUCAUUUUCGUUUUCUGUUGUUUCCACGUUAACGGAAAAUAAGAAAAAGGUAAAGAGGAGGGUAACACUAUUAGCAAAUUGAAUAUUUAAUUGGCACUAUUAAAUGCUUACAUGUAACUAUCACCAUGUAAAUAUUGUUACAUUCGACCCGUUUCAACCGCUGUCACUAUACAUAGCCAUACUGUCUUAAACCGUACUAGUGAUUCACGAAUCGAGAGAGCCAAUACGAAAAGCGGUAGGUCGCAGCUUUGACAGUCGGAGAAAGUAUAAAUUCUCUGUUACCAAUCCACCCCCGAUACAUCGUCAAAACAAUGGCAUUCAUUUUAUGACUUGCGAUCAACUGAUCGAUUGGUUUAAUUUAUUAAUUUACUGUAAUGCAUAUAUACGUAUAAAUAAUCUGAUUAUAUGAUUAAUUUUAUGAUAUGUGUAAAUUUGCAUUAAUUUGCACAUAUGAAACUGAUGUUUGUAAUCAAUUGAUUGAUUGAGAGUUAAUUUAUUGUAAUACAUGCGUAUAAAUGCAACGACGGAUUUACGACAAUUUUUUUUAUAAGAUAUACCACUGUCCAUGAGUUUGGAAACGUGGUAAUUAUUCAAACGAUAGAGAAAAUUAUCAACGAAAGAAAUAUCUGUUGUUAUUUCAACGUUAAUGUGUCACAAUGAUAAGAGCGAAACUUUACACACAGUGCAGCCUUCUAAAAAGUACUUAAAAAGUUGAAGAUUCUUUGUUAAAGUAUCGCGCGUUAUAUAUAUAUUAUAUCGUUACACAUAUAUAUAUUGUAUAUAUGUUCACGAACCUAUGGACAGUAUCGUGUAUCUCUUCCAUCGCUAAUUUUCGUAUUUACGCCUAAAGGGAAACUGAUGAGCAAAUCAUGUCAGAAAUCCGAUAGCAAUGUACUGCUGGAUUGCUGGAACGCCCCGUAAUCAGGCAGAAAGUUCAAGGGCGGCUUAGCGGCGUGCGUUCCUAAGUCCUACAAACGUAACUUUUAUCCUUUCGUACCGUCUAUUACUGGGACCUACGAGUCGAGUUAUCCGAGUUGCGCCUGGGGCGCUCCAAACUUUGUCCUGCGGUUAAAACUAUCCGAAAGCAUCGCAGUCGUGCCCCGGAACAAAGGCCCGGCCAUUGAUCGGGGCACCGACUUCGGUAUCCGCUGAAAGCAGCGGAUGUAUUUUCUUAUUCUGUUUUGAGGCUCUUGCCCAAUCGUCUCACGCAUAAGUUACGAGAAUGUAAUGCAAUCAUCGUUACUGUCCUAAUAAACCUUCACGUAUGAAUCCAU